AGCAGAUGCGUGGCAUUAUCGCGUAUGACCCACACGCUGGUUGCAACUAUUACCACUACAAGAAACUGUCUUGCGUUGCCGUCUCGCAGCACACAACGCCCCUGAAGCAAUGGCAGCGGAACAGAAGACUUCGCCGUCGGUGAAAAAUGAACACAGGACAUCUACUUCGCUGUACGAUAUGCGCAACCUCAUGGUGUCCAGUCCUGUAGGUUCCGCGCCCGGCGGGUUCCGAACACUGAGGGCGGUGACGGCGUGGAAGGUAGAAGCGCCCAACCCGACCACCGUGGUGGCAUCGGUGUUUGUCAUCUCUUGCGCCACAUUCGCUGUGGCGGCCAUGUACCUCAGCAGCUGGGAACAUGGUUGGCGCGCCACCGAUCCUCUGUGCACGACGGACGACUGCCGGCAGCACGCGCAGCGCCUGUUGCGAGCCCUGGAUCGCAAGGCGGGUCCCUGCGGAGACCUUCAGCGCUUCACGUGCGGCUCCUGGUCGUACGACAAGCAGGUGCCUCUGGUCACGAGCGUUAUCCAGGCAUCCGAGAGGUCCUGGUUCAGCCGCAUCGCCGAUCCGGCCUUCCUCGUUCCGCGCGGGAUGCCGGCGACGGCAGCAAAGUUCGAACCGCCGGCGGGCGUCCGCAAGGCUGUGGAGCUGGUGCGCCAGUGCGUCGACAGGGAAGGCGAGACGCCCGAGGCUACGGAGCAGCUAUGGCGUAAGUUCCUGGACGACAACGCGUUCAUCUGGCACCGGCUCAGCGAGAACGUGACCGGCCACUCGGUGAGCGCCAUCGAGCGACUCGUCGUGUUCGCCGUGCGCUGGCGACUCCCCAUCUGGUUGGACGUGCACCUGACGCCGGCGACCGACAGCGGAGCCCGGACCAUCCACCUGCUGAGCUCGCCUCUUGUGCCGCUUCUGCAUCGGAUGAACAACGAUCUGGGUUUCUUGUCGGCUGGAACCAAGUGGGUGUGGGACUUCUUGCUGAGCGCCGCGGGGCGCGCCAUGACGGACGUCGACAAAGAGUGGCUCGAGAGGACCACGGCGUUUCACGCACAUGUCACGCAGCUCCUGUACGGGCUGGGGCAGACGCAGGGCGUUCGGAAACCCGCCGUCGUUCCCCUCUCGAAGAUGGCGACGGUCGGCGGGUCGCUGUCCCCGCACGCGUGGUCGUCGGCGCUGCAGGCGGCCUUCCUGCUGGACCCGGCCGUCGCCGCAGACCGGGACGCGCUGCACGUGUCCGACGUCCGGCUGCUGGAGACCCUGGAGCUGCUGUUCGCCGAGCACGGCGACCGCCAGAUGCUGGUGGACGUCGAGUGGUCCGUCGGCCAGCUGUUCGGCCCCUUGAUCCUCUCCAAGAUGGUGCACGUCCUCAGGAACGACCGGUACACCUCGGGCUUUCUGGAGCGGCUCUGCGGCCAGCACGUGGAGUCCGUGUUCGGCUACGCCCUGGCGCAGUACGACAAGGAGCUGCGCAGUGCCGAGGAACGGGCGAGGCUGUACGAGAUGCUCGGCGUUAUCAAGGACACCGCCGUGGAGAAAGUGAGCGGCGCCGUGUGGAUCGAGCCGCCGGAGCUGAGGGCGGCCAUCGCGAGUCACGUGAACGCCACGAAGACCGUGGUGUGGGGCAAUUCGCGAGACGUCUCGGAGGCCGCUAACAAAGACUUGGAGGGCGAGAGCGAGGACGAGGAGUGGCUCAUCUUCUGGACGUUCUACGCCAACGUGCCCGUCGACGGGACGCUGUACUUCGAGCGAUGGCACUCGGCCCUGCGGUACACGCUCGAGUGGCGCAGCCCGCUCAAGCACGUCCUCUUUCAAAGGCUUCGUCGCAUUUGCUUGGAUAGCCUCGUCCAGUAUGACCCCGCUGCGAACGCCGUCGUACUGAGCCCGGCGUGUUUGAGCGCGCCGUUCUUCUACGGCCGCGCACAGAACGCUGUGCUAUACGGCGGCCUGGGCUACCUGUACGCGCGUGCGCUGGCCUCGGGCGUGGACUACGCGCCUCCCUUCUGGUCCGCCACCGCCACCGCCACGUCGUCCCAAAUUGCUGCGUCAGUGACGUCUAGCAUGGUCGUCAAGCGAUUCAGGAGGAACGUGAACCCGUUUCCCGAGGAGAACGUACCGCAUGGCUCGAAUAUCUCAACACUGAAAGCUGCCUUGAUCGACAACGCGGAAGUCAGCUCGAACGGACUAUCAUCGACAUCGAUAUCUCCAGCGCGAAGCUUGCGCAAAGAUGAUGGAACGCCUUGGUCCGCAACGCCGGCAUUAACAAAGUCGGCCCCGCCACUCAAGCAGACGUCGACAGUUGCUGCAUCCUCCACGCCCGUGAUGCCGGUUGGGGCGCAACUUUUCGCCAUUGAAUCCGGUGCUGAAGUACUCGCGUCGAACCCGAACCAGGCGUCGAUGAAUCGGACGCAGACUGACAUCUGCAAGUCGAGUACUCUAUCACCGGCCUGUCUGUCUCUACGAAGAGUUAAAAGAGGAGCCCGCCACGUUGUGGCGCCGGGGCGUUCCUGGAGCUCCGCGAAAGAACCGCCGCACCUAGAAGCAGCAUGGCCUCCGGUACCGGACGGCGCCCACGGGCUUCCAGGAGACGCCGGCUCGCCGUCCGGGCCGAAAUCGCCUGUGGUAUCGCCGGGCGCCGCGACGUCCGCGCGCGUCUCGAGGUCGGGCGAGCAGGCGUCCGCGCUUCGGGAGCGGGGACCCUGCAGCAGCGGCGGCGAGCUCGCGGGCGACGCCUCGUUUCUGGACGUGGCCGCGCUCGAGAUCGCGCACGCGGCCUUCGCGAAGCUCCUGAGUCGCGGCGAGAACGUGCGCCUCACGGACCUGCCCGAGUUCAGCACCGAGCAGCUUUUCUUCCUGACGGCCUGCCACACCCGCUGCGAGCGCCUCCUGGCUCCGGAGCGCAGAGUGUGCAACGACGCCGCCCUCAACGUCGAGGCUUUCGCCAGGGCGUUCGGCUGCCCCGCCGGAACGUUUAUGAACCCGGCUGUUGGCUGCCUUGUCACCUGGCCGCGUCCCACGACGCAUUGAAAGUAACUGCUGUUGGAGCCAGUUAUUCGCGAUAUAUUUUAGACGGCGUGGUCCGCUUAACGACCACGAAUAGUGCCAGCACAAAAAAAAAAAGAAAAAGAUAUCGAGGACAACACCUGACACAACAGCACUGAUGUACUAUAGCUCAUUUCUUUUAUCGGUUAUCCUAUGGUUUAUGAUUUACGUUGCUGCAUGUGGCCUUGUUUCGUUAUAUUACGGUUAUGCGGUUCACGUUUCUCGCAACAUCUUAAAUGUACUUGUUUCUUAAUUAUGUAGUCGCUAAACGCCA